AUGUUUGUGGAGCUGUUUACCCAGCAGUGGGUGUGGCCUGUCCUGCUCUUAUGGGGCUUGAGUGUGUCAGCAACCAACCUCUCCUGGUCGUGCCCUCAGAGAUGCUCCUGUCACCAAGAGAUGCUGGAGGUCAACUGCUCCUCAAAGCACCUAUCCACUGUGCCCGAGGGCAUCCCCACUGACUCUAAGCGCCUGGAUCUGUCCUUCAAUCGGCUGAAAACACUGGGUCGUAGACAGUUCCAUGGCCUAUCCAAGCUGCUGGAACUGGACCUGAGUGACAACAUUAUAUCCAUGAUUGAAGUGGAGGCCUUUCAGGGUCUGCAGAGCCUACGCUUGCUGAAUAUCAAGAGCAACCGCUUGAAGAUCAUCCCAGUGGGAGUCUUCUCUGGCCUGUCUAAUUUGCGCAGUCUGGACAUCAGUGAGAAUGAGAUCUUGGUCUUCCUGGACUACACUUUCCGUGACAUGGGUAAACUACAGCAGCUAGAUGCUGGAGAGAAUGACUUAGUGUUUAUCUCCCAGAGGGCCUUUGUGGGGCUUCAGAGCCUUCAGGAGCUCAAUGUGGACCGCAGCAACCUUACGUCCAUUCCAAGUGAGGCACUUUCACAGCUCCAGAAUUUGGUAAGAUUACGCCUUCGUCGCUUGACUAUCAGCGUGCUGCCCAACAACUCCUUCCGUAGACUACAUCAGCUCCGCAGCCUUCAGAUCCUUCAGUGGUCUUCACUGGAGACACUAAACAGCAACAGCCUCAUUGGGCUUAACCUUACCAGCUUGACCAUCAGUUAUUGCAACUUGAGCGCCAUUCCUUAUGCCGCCUUGCGCCACCUGACCUAUCUGAGGUACCUGGACCUGUCCUACAAUCCCAUCACCUCAGUGCAGGGUGGGUUGCUUGGGGAACUAUUGAGGCUACAGGAACUUCACCUGGUAGGGGGUAACCUGCUUCACAUCCAGCCCGGAGCCUUCAGGGGGCUGUCCCACUUCCACUUGCUCAAUGUGUCUGCCAACCGGCUGAGCACCCUUGAGGAGAGUGCUUUCCAUUCAGUGGGCAAUCUUCAGACCCUGAGACUUGAUGCCAACCCCCUGGCAUGUGACUGCCGAUUACUGUGGGUCGUGAGGCGGCGCCGGCGGCUGGAUUUUGAUGGUCGCCAACCCACAUGUUGGGUUCCAGGUCAGGUACGAAAGCGCGAGUUCCGGGAUUUCACUGAAUCAGAGUUGCCAACUGUGUUCACAUGCAGGCCAGCCCGUAUAGUGGAUCGCAAACCCCAAGAGGCUCAAGUAGAGGAGGGGAGCACUGUGUUGUUCGAAUGCAAAGCAGAUGGCUAUCCUUCACCAUCCAUAAUCUGGUUUUCUCCUCAACAGACUCCUUUUAGCUCCAUGGGAAGAAUCCGUGUGCUAGCUAAUGGGAGUCUGGAAGUACGAUAUGCCCAAGUGCAGGACAAUGGUGCCUACUUGUGCAUGGCAAUAAAUGCUGCCGGCAAUGAUAGCAUCUCCGUUGCCCUACAGGUGCGAGGUUUACCACGAAACCGCACAGCACCCUAUUUCUUAGACGAGAGCUGGAUCGAGACCUCCUACCCUCCCUCCACCAACUCGACAGCACAGAUGCCCAACCCCUACCCCUUUGAUGCGAAGACACUUAUCAUUGCCACGACGAUGGGGUUCCUGUCUUUCCUCAGCUCAGUGGCCAUCUGCUUUGUGUUCAUGUUCUUCUGGAGCCAAAGUAAGGGUCAAAUCAAACAUACGGCCACCAUUGACUUUGUGCCCCGUAGUUCUGUGGGUGGCGGUGGUGAUGGAGGAGACACAGGGAGGUUUACCAUGAAGCUAAUCUGA